UGCUUGAAAACAAUGGCCGCUUCAGUUUUUCUAUUGACAUGCUUCCUACUAGUUUUGGGCCUCAAUGUUGUCAAUGGACAGCCUCUAGUUCCUGCACUAUACUUGUUUGGGGAUUCUAUUGUUGAUGUGGGAAACAAUAACUAUUUAGAGACUCUAAUCAAAGCCAACUUCCCCCCUUAUGGAAGAGACUUCAUUAACCAUGAAGCAACUGGGAGGUUCUGCAAUGGGAAGCUUGCCACAGAUUUUACUGGUGAGAAUCUAGGCUUCACUGAUUAUCCAAAGCCUUAUCUGAGCAAUAAGGCGAAAACAACGAAAAACAUGUUGCUUGGGGCCAACUUUGCUUCAGCAGGUUCUGGUUAUUAUGAAGCUACAGCAAAAAUAUAUAAUACCCUUUCACUAAGCAAGCAGCUGGCACUUUACAAGGACUACCAGAAUAGGCUAGUUGUGAUUCUGGGGAAAGUCAAUGCUUCAGCCACCAUAAAUGGUUCAAUCCACUUUCUGAGUGAUGGAAGCAGUGACUUUGUUCAGAACUACUACAUCAAUCCUCUGCUCUACAAGAAAUACACACCUGAUCAGUUCUCAGACAUCCUCAUCCAAUCCUAUGUAAAUUUUGUACAGGCACUGUACAAGUUGGGAGCAAGAAAGAUUGGAGUCACAACAUUGCCACCAAUUGGAUGUCUUCCAGCAUCCAUAACUCUGUUUAGCGAGGAUACCAACAAAUGCGUUGAGAAGAUGAAUGCAGCAGCUGUUUCAUUCAACAAUAAGCUUAACAUGACAUCGCAAAGCUUAAAACAAAAGCUCCCCAAUCUCAAUCUUCUUGUCUUGGAUAUCUAUCAGCCACUUUUAGACCUUGUCACCAAACCUGUAGAUAAUGGAUUUUUUGAAGCAAGAAAGGCAUGUUGUGGUUCGGGGCUGAUAGAGACAUCUUUUCUGUGCAAUGCCAAGUCUCCAGGAACAUGUGCAAAUGCAUCAGAGUAUGUGUUUUGGGAUGGAUUCCACCCAACAGAAGCUGCAAACAAAGUUUUAUCUAGUGACUUGCUAGUCAGCGGCCUCAACCUUAUCUAAUGUCUUCCACUAAUUAAAGACAAUGCAUAAGAGUAAUGAUUUGAUGUAUUCCCCAGGUCAAGUUUGUUGCAAUUGUAAUUGAGUAUUUCCCUUGAUCGUAAUGAAAUUUAUGAAUUGUGCGUGCAUCCAUCAACAGUUUUAUU